UUUGUGUGAUGAUUUUUAUGUCGUUUGUUUAUUUUUAUUUUAUUAAAUAUUAUGUGAAAAUGUUAAAAAUCGUUAAAUUGUCGCAAAAUCUAACAAAUCAUUGUUUCUUUGUUCGUAGUACGAGUUCUUGGCAGCACCAAUUCAAAAUUGAAAAACCGAUAUAUUAUCCUAAAAGAAGUUUAUCCAAAGAAGAUGAAUCCCAAAUUCCAACUCAAGUGACCCAAAUAUCACAGGGGAAAUUAGUCAAUGAAGUGGGGCUGAAUCAAACAGCUUUAGAUUUAUAUGAAAUUUUAGGAGUUGAAAAGAAUGCUUCGGUGCAGUUAAUCAAAGCUGCUUACUAUGAUCUGGCUAAAAAAUAUCACCCCGAUGCCAAGCCCACGCCAAAAGAGACCCAGACGUUUCGCAGAAUCUCAGAAGCAUAUCGAAUUCUUAGUGAUCAAAAAACUCGAUUCGAGUAUGAUCAAAAAGGGGUGGUUACGUUGGAAGCAAAAAAGCCAACAAGUUUCUUGGAAGAAAAUAAAAAGAAUUUCCAGAGAUUCCUUAGGGAACUACCCAGAACAAUAAAUAUGGAGCAAAGGAGAGCGUCGUUGUUUGGAUCACCUAGAAAACCAGUAAAAACGGAAAUAGAAUUGAAGAUAAAAUUCAAUCAAGCUAUUCAUGGGAGCACUGAGUACGUAGAUCUGAAGUCAAAGGCCAAAUGCAACCGUUGCAACGGCGUUACCCAAAUAUGUAACCAAAAUAAUAUGGAAUUCUGUCCAAAAUGUGGUGGCACUGGACAGUACAGAGAUAAAAAAGCAAAUAUGGCAGAAAAAAAGUGUGACAUGUGCGAUGGCAGGCGGUUUAUAAACAAAAACAGUUGCAAAACCUGUGACAAUCGUGGCUAUGUAGUUCAGAAUAAACGCGUCGAGAUCCAUGUGCCAGAGGGCACAUCUGAUGGUGAUAUGUUGAAAAUAAACCACCCAAUUACCAAGGAAGAUGUUUUUAUAAAAGUUAGUGUGGAAAAAAGUAACUAUUUCAACCGUGAUGGAAAUAACAUUGCUACCGAUAAGUAUCUCACAAUAAGCCACGCUUUGCUGGGUGGAAAGUGCAAAAUUCGAGGAUUGUACGAAGACUUCGAGGUGAAUCUUGGGCCGGGAGUGGAAAGUCACACAGUGCAUUGUUUCAAGAGAAAAGGAAUCCGUACUAAGGCAGGUGUUCUGGGGGACCAUUUCGUAACAUUUAAAAUUCGCAUGCCCAAAACUCUGACGACAAAGCAGCGACAAUUAAUGUUGGCCUUCUCCAAAGCCGAAGAUCCAAUAAUUGAUGGGCAAGUUGCGUAAAGACUUGCAAUAUGAAGACUAUCUAUUUGUUGUUAAAAUUUAAAUCAUUUUUUGUUUACAAAUGUUAAAACUCACGGUUUUUAUGUUGAUGCCCCAUUGAGAAUCAGACCAGCGUUCACGCCAAGCCUUCAGAACCAUUAAAUUAAGGAGACUGGUUUUGCUUGUUGUUUUCUGUAGCUCCAUUCCUGUAUCUUUCAUUGUCUAUGCAUCGGAAAAAUAAAAAUAUUUGUAAAGUAA